AUGGCUACCGCACAAGCGCAGACUUUCACUCCGACCAAGGUCGUGAGGAGUGAUUACCCGGAUCAGAAGCUAACAGAGAACGACUACAGCCACUUCAAAAGAGUUGUCGGCUAUGCCAGGCCUUCGGAUUAUCUCCAUGGUGCUGUAGCUGCCGCCUUCGGCCCUGGCGCUCUACUCGCCCUGGAGAAGUUUGCUCCUUCCCACGUUGGCAAGGGAGGUAUGGCUCAGGCUUUACGAUUGGCUGGAGCCAUUGGUGUCGCUGGUGGUUUUCUAUACUUUUACCAGCGCUCUAGCUUGCGAUUUUACGGGGCCACCGAGAACGCUCGCGAAGUUGAGCUGGACAUGAAGGAAAUGGUUUCCAAGGUCAAGGCCGGUGAGCCGCUUUACGGAGAGAGCAGAUUGACCCCCCACUUGCAAGGCGUCGCUGCGCGACAAUCUAGAUAUUCGGCCUUGUUCAUGGGUGUUAUUCCUUGGUUCAACUUUGUCAACCACAAUCAACAUGGCGUUGACACGGCCAAGUACUAUCAGCAGGCUGAGAGGGAGCUCGAAGCUGAGCGUACACAAAAGGCUAGCCCAUGA